UUCAAGGACAACCUGGUGAAUGCCCAGAUAAAACAAUUCCCAGGCCUUUACCAACAACAGACAUUCUCUUCCUCUCACUCGGUUUCUGUCGGAUUUACUAGCCUCUGCCUGAGCAUCCCUGACAGUGCCAUACUGCUGCUGCUGCUACAAACUGAAGCACAUCCAUUACAGCCAGUGAUCUUCACCAGCCAUAAGGCACCUGUUGCAUAGUUACAACAGAUUGAUACAACAACAUUCUAACUGGAGGAAAGCUGGACAAAACACAGACAUGUCUGUGGUGUUAAUUGUGUUGGUUGUGGUCUUGGCCAGUCCUCUGGGAGGGACAUUUGUCCUCCAACUGUCAGAAAAGGAAGCUACUGAUCCUGCCAUACCUGCCUCAUCUGUCCAAAGGACCAGCAGGUGCCAUGGGGAACCAUUGCAGGCCAUUCGUAAGAGCAUUUUGCAGGGCCUGAAUCUUCAGCAGGAGCCUCGCCUCCAGGGCACUGGGAUGGCUGAGCUAAGGGAGCAGUGGAAGGCUGCCUUGAAAGCCAGCGGCCACUCAGGCCACCCCAUUCAGUCUCCCCCACAUAUGACAGGGAACGAGCAAUACUCUGAGGCUCCUGCCACAGAUCUGCAGUGCUGCAAGCUGUCCUCACAGAUCUUCAUCACAGACCUGGGCUGGGAGAACUGGGUCAUCUACCCAGAGAGCUUCACCUUCGCCCGGUGCAGUGCGUGCAGCCCCCAGCCAAAGCCCAGUGAGCCCCUCUGCCCCAGCACCCCCGCCACAGGCACCUCCUCACAGGUGCCCUGCUGCCACCCAGUCGCCCACGACCUGGUGCCCUUCUUCUACCUGGAUGAGAGCAACACGCUGGUCAUCUCCUCUGUGUCUCUGACUCGCCAGUGUGGCUGUGGACCAGGAUCCGAUCCUCAGCCCCCUCAACUUUGAAUCAACCAUCUGUCUCUCGCAAAUCCUCAACACCUCCUUCCUAAUAGGUCUACGUGAUCUAUGUAUCAUCACUAAGCGAGGUACCCGUUUAACAAAUAAACAGCCUGUAGCUUUCAGUCUAGGUUUAGAUAUUUGUGUUUGGGCUGAGACACAUGAUGUGUGAACCAGGUUAUGUACACAUAUUUUGAGGUCACUACGAUCAUUAUGUUAUGUAGGCUCUGAAGUUGUGGAGGUAACUUUUACUGCUGCUGCCCGUGCUAUUUCAAGAAGCACAGAAUCUGUUUUAACAUGUAAUCAUCAAGUUCUGGCCUCUCCCUACUUCUGAGAAUGUGGAAUACUUUCACAGAAAAUCACCAUGGAACAUUUGUUUUCUAAGAUCAGUGUGGAGACUUUGACCAAGAUUAAAUCUCCAUAUGUGCUUGCAGCUAUUUUAUGAUAAUAUUUCAUGUACCCGAAGCAUGAGUUUGGCAGAGAAUGAGAGGGGACAGCUACUUGGUGUUCCUUGAAAAAAAUGUGAGUGCUUUUGAGCGUAGCCAUGCCAAACAUUCUCUAUGUGUGGUUAACCCUGUAACAACAGCAGUGAACUCUAUUAAAGGGAAAGCUGCUUUGAAUUUCAUGAAUAGUUAGGUGUUCUAACUGAUAUGAGAUCAUAUUUCAGCUGUAAGACAGGUUGUAAACCAUGCUGUCCCAAUUCUUUUUAGGAGCAUUUUGUUCUACGAAGACAGAAAGCGCACGGACAAUAACACAUUUAAUUUAGAACAUACUGGCUACUUUGUAAUUCACUUGUGAUGUUACUGCUUAACAAGUUCUCAAGGUUAUAUUAUGUCUCUGUAAGUUCUCGAAUAUUCCAGAUCAUAUCGCUGGUACACUCCAAAUAUAUAUAUAUAAAAAAUCUUGUUUACUUUUGGGGAACAUGGUCUUCUGUUUUAUACUUGUCCAACACCUUUGCUCUUUUCCUCUUGUGUGUGUUUAUGUUGUGUAUUCUCCUCUUUUUAUUUUUUACUUUUAUUUGUGUAUUUAGCUCUUGAUUGAAUCAUCAUGUAGAUGAGACAUGAUUCAUCACUGACACUAACAGUUUCUUAUAUAAUAUAUAAUACAUAUACUAUGUUUAAACACACUGCAUUGUAUGUUAACUUUGUAUUAAAUGUAUUUAUAUAAUUUGCAUAACCUUCAAUGAAUAAAGGCUGCAUAAAAAAAUUCACAUUUUUGCCUUCACUUCAUUUUACUGAGGUUUUUGCUAUAACUUUGCUUGGAAAAAAACGUUUGAAUGUUUUACCCACACUGCUUAUAUUAUGUCUUUGUAAGUUCUCGAAUAUCCCAGAUCACAUUGCUGGUACACUCACCCAGAGUAUAUAUAUAUAUAUAUAAAAAUCUUGUUUACUUUUGGGGAACAUGGUCUUCUGUUUUAUACUUGUCCAACACCUUUGCUCUUUUCCUCUUGUGUGUGUUUAUGUUGUGUAUUCUCCUCUUUUUAUUUUCUAUUUUAUUUGUGCAUUUAGCUCUUGAUUGAAUCAUCAUGUAGAUGAGACAUGAUUCAUCACCGACACUAACAGUUUCUUGUUAUAUAAUAUAUAAUACAUCUACUAUGUUUAAACACACUGCAUUGUAUGUUAACUUUGUAUCAAUUGUAUUUAUAUAAUUUGCAUAACC